GAGUAACGUCAUGCACGACAAAGAAAAUUCGCUCGUCUUGCUUUGUGGAGUAUGAGACAGCUCAGCGGGCGUACGAGCACAUUUGUUGAUGGUUAUUACUGGAUGUUGUUCAUCGGGUUACAUGAACAGUAAUCGCGGCGGCCGAGCUGCGUGGUGGGGCAGAUGAAGAUAUCGACCUACUCGCUUUGCUUCCGAGAAGGGAAAUGCUGCGAAGGCCUCAGCAGCUCAAGGUGAUGGCAUGGAUUUGGACCUGCUUAUUUCUACUUGUUGCCCAUGUCCAUCAGCAAGCUCUUGGAGUGACUGUGAAUUGCCUGUGGGAAAGAUAUUUCCUUGUUGGUGGUAACGUUUCGGGGGCGUGUCACGUGAGCCUGGCCCAACAGGGUUGUGGGAGCCAAUCCCUGCGUCUCACCGUUGCCGGGGAGACGGUCCUUGCGCAUCGCUAUGUCAACGACUCUGCCCACUUCACUGUCCCUGCGCCUGCCAACGGCACUCUCCACCUGCGCUGCGAGCUCACCUGCGUCGGCUUGGGGCCACUCCCCUACUGUGACAUCACACUUCGGGGAGGCUAUCCUCCUUCCCCUCCGUCCCGCCCCAAGUGCCUCAUCCCCUAUGACGACACUGAUAUUCACUGCACCUGGGACCCUGGGGAGCGGCCGCUGCUGCCCGUUAACUACAUUCUGCACUGGAAGCAGCACAGUAGCAGUGAGCGGGGAGUUGAGGCAGGUGUUACAAGUGCAGUCAUCCCUCGUGUCAAUUUCACUCAUGGCACCAUGCAAGUGUGGGUUGUUGCCAGAAACCUCUUGGGUUUCGCCGAGUCUGAAAGGCUUGACAUCGACACCCUCGAUAUCGAGCAGCCACUUGUUCCAAAGAUCACCCACCAUUCCGUUCAGCCUCUCGAGAUCUUCUGGGAUUUGGAGUGCGACCCGUCCCUCCACAUGACCGAGAACUCGGACAGGAGCUGUGAAGUUCAGUACCGGAUGCGGGAUGAGCAGGCCUGGACGGAGGGAGACGAUGAUGCCCAGGACAGCUUCCUGCUCCUGGACCCAGAGCCGUUCUCAGAGUACGAUUUCCGCGUGCGCUGCGCUUGUUUUGGGAAGGAGGCUGUCAAAAGCACCUGGAGCCACAUCUACCCAGUGCAGAGCUCUGAGUCAGCUCCUGCUGGAAAACUGGAUGUAUGGACUGACUGUGAGGACGAUUCUGAUGAACAGCUGGAAUGUUUCGUCGUUUGGAAGAAGCCUCCCCUCUCUGUGGCCCGGGGAAGGGUGCUGGGUUACCUGGUGACAGUGGAACAUAACCCUGGGAACGUAGCUGUGAUGAACCUGUCAGCAGAGGAGCUGGGGGCCACGGAGCGUAUGGGCGGGUGUUGGGGUGCCCAGUGCUUUCGCCUUCCCAUCUCCCUCCGGGGGGUAACGGGGGUGUGCUUAACGGCCUACACCUCACAGGGGGCGACAGACCCCGCCCCUUUGGCCCUCCCUGCGCCAGAAGGCCCGCAGUUGCUGGUGUCAGGUGGUUUUGCGGUGGCCAAGGAGGGGCGGAGCUUCAAUGUGUCAUGGGCCCCACCCUCGCACCUUACUGGGGAUGUGCAGUACGUGGUGCAGCUUAAGGAGGUGGAAACGCAGGCGUUUAAUUGGAUGAAAUUGAACGGGAAUCAGAGAAGUGUCAUCGUGACAGGUGACUUCAGGAACUACACCCCAUACAAUAUUUCAUUGUUCAGUGUCAUUGCCAACCGCUGUUGUCUGCUUGGAUCUGUCAUCACAUACACUGUGCAAGGAGUUCCCCCAAAAGUGACUGGAUUUCACGUUUCCCAAAUCAGCAUUUCUGAAGUCACCUUGUCCUGGGAACUCCCCCUGAGUCAAUGGAGGGGUGUCAUCCUGUGUUACCGUUUGGGACAGGGUAACCACACAGAGUACAAUGUGAGUGGAGACAGCAGCAGCCUCCUGAUUUCGGGCCUGCAGCCAGGACAGGAGUACCACGUUUGGAUCUGCGCUGAGAGCGAAGCAGGACAAGGGCCAAAAGAAUACCUCCGCUUCAUGACCACUGGCACCAGUGAGUACGUCUACUCGGUAUUGUCCAUCCCGAUAGUGGUGGCUUUGGGGCUGAUCCUCCUGCUCUUCAGCUGCCGACAGCAUGGCAUACACAGCUUAAAGCAGCUGAGGUGCUGUGUCAAAGUGCCUGACCCGGCCAACAGUCAGCUGUUCCGACGGCCACUGUGCAGCUGCAGCAGUUGGACUGGGUUUUUCUCCGUGGCAGAGUCCAUUCAGACGUUGCCUUACCUGGAGGUCAGUGAAUGGGAGGACCUGGAGGACAGUGGGUGCCAGGAGAGGAUGUCUCUGUGCGACAGACAGAGGUACGGACAGGUCGAGGAGGGGCUGAAACGGAUGGAGCGAGAGAGCGCUGAAGACGAGGCAGAGGAGGAGUGGACAGAGACUUUGGGAAAGGGGGGACUGGAGCUUAGCAGCAGAGGAGAGGACUACAGCAAGAUGAUUGACACCCAGGGAGAUGAGGAGUGUGUGUUCUUGAGUCCCACAGAGACGCAGGAUUUUUUCUCGGGGUACGAGAAGCACUUCAUGCCCAACCCUCUGGAGGUGUAGCCCGGCGUCCACAGGGUAACACAGGGGUGUAAAUCGGAGGCAAGUCACCUCAUCCAAAGACUCCAAAAACCAAUCACGGAUUUGGAGGUGCACCAAUGACUUUCAUCCACAUGAUUGUUGAAAAGGGUGACCACAGGAAACUGGAGAGGGGACUGCAGAGCUUUGAAUGAAGCCUGUUAUGUUCCAAAGCAAAAUGAAACAUCUUUUUUUUACGGAGCAAGGAGCACCUGAGACAAAAGAUGUGCUGUACUACGGAUGAAUUUAUAAUGGCCAAAAUGGACAGCAGGGGUUGCAAGUGAGAUGAUAUGCUGCCAACAGAGCCAAUUGCACUUUGUCACAGUUGGCACUGGUGGAUUCGGCACCGGACCAUGAGCCCAUCUGUACACUGCAACAGUGCCUUAACAGGAUGAGCUACCUAGCAGCCCGGUGGAUGCACUUUUAGGAUUCCCUUUGUGCAUCUCCAUAAGAUUUUGAUGUUGUUGCCUGUUGUUCAUGUCGUGGAUGUCUACCCUCUCCCGAAUGGGCAGAGGGGUUUGCACAUAAAUGUGGCUGCGGCUCACGUCGGGUGCCAAAUUCAUAGAAAGAGAAAAAAGAAUGUUGAUUUUACAAUUUGCAUCAAAUAUCAUGCGAGUUUUUGGGAGCUUCAGAAAACUGCACACACACAUUCUCUGCAUAACAAAGAUGGUUCCAUGAGGUGGGUUGUUAUUAGAAAAGGUAAAAGAUUUUAAAAGUUGUGUAAGUCGCUCUGGAUAAGAGAAUCUGCUAAAUACCUGCAAUGUAAUGUAACGUAUUAAGCGGGGUAAAAAAAAGGGAAGCGUGUCCCAUGUAUACAGACAGAUCACGUGAAAGCCAUGGCGAUAAGCCGUACAUAUACAAAUGUACAACUUUUUUUUCAGAGGCGCAGAGGGGUAUUGCACUGAGAGGAGACGCUUGUGAAAUAACGUGUGGGAGCACUUCGGCGAGCAGGAUAGUUUCCUGUCAUUAUUUACAUCAUUUCCGGUGCGUAUUACACGCCCCUGUAAUGGCGGUAAAGUUGCAGACGUGUUUGAUGGUCAAUCCUUACACCAGUGUGAAUCUGCGAGCAGUCCGUAUAAUACUGUAUCCGUGCAAAAUGUGACUAUAUUUUUGCACGUGCACCUUUCUUUAAACCAUACGUUCAUACUUAGAAGAUAACUUUAUAUAACAUGUAUAUACACAUAUAUACUAGGGAUGCUGCUGAAUACACUACACUACACUACAUUCAGCAGCACUCAAAUAAUACGGUCUCUCUGAAUGUUUUCUCCUCCCGAAUUUGGCCAAUGCUAUUCGAAUUUUUUUUUUUUUAAAUGAGAAAAAAAUCAACUCAGUAAAGAAAUACCGGCAGCCUGUGUCGUUUUCUUCACAAAAUCCCCCGCCUGACAACAGACAACAGGUGCUUUUACCAAGGUGCCAUGGUGUUGCGGUCAACUUCGUCGUGCUAUUCAACUGAGUGACUGGCGCUUUGAUGCAGAUUUUCCAAACAAGCGCUGUUGAAACUAAUUUUUAAUAGUGCACUUUGCAUUUCUUUAACUACUUCUUCCAUUUUUGUCAUGUCAUGGCAUGGUUGUGCCACACACAUUUUAGCGCUUUGCUCAGUGUUCCUGUAAUAACCUACUGUAUGCCUCGAUACAUUUUCCCUUAGCCUAUAUAACAACUCCGCCGUAAUUUAGAAAUACAGACAUUGCAAUUGCUUCAGUUGCAUCCUUUAUUUCAAUAAAGUAGUUUUGCAACAUAUGGUUUUCGUAACCCUACGGGUGUUUCAUCCAAGCAACUUUUCGGUAUAGCAGGGGAUGUUGUUUCUCCCCGUCGCUCUAGACUGCUCCCAGCUCAUGUGCAGGAGCUCGUCUCCACAAAAUACAACUUGGGGAAGUAAGAGCAUAGUAGCUGAAGAUGUAUUUCAUCCAGGGAAGAUUUUCAAUUUUUUCUUUAAUUUAUCCAAGCUUAUGCAAAUCAAGCCUACAUAUAGAGUGGGGCUUCAACAAAGAGGGGAGGAAAAGUAUUUU